AUGAACGGAGAACGCGCAUCAGGUAUAUUAUUACAUAUAACAAGUCUACCAAGUCCGUAUGGUAUUGGUGAUUUUGGUCCUGAAGCAUAUAAAUUCAUCGAUUUUCUUCAUGAAACAAAUCAAAAACUAUGGCAAAUAUUACCAUUAACGCCGACUGAAAAAUGUUCGCCCUAUUCUAGUGUAUCAGCAUUUGCUGGUAAUCCAUUAUUGAUUAGUCCUGAUAAAUUAUAUGAUAUGAAAUUAUUGACAAAAGAAGAUUUAAUUAUACCAUCUACAUUUCAAUUGAAUGAUCAAUAUGUAAAAUUUAAACAAGUAACGGAAUAUAAACAUACAAUUUUGAAGAAAGCCUUCGAAAAUUUUCAAAAACAACAACAAAAACAAGUUGAUGAUUUAUUGAAAGAAUUUCUUCAAUCUGAACAUGAUUGGCUUGAUGAUUAUUCGUUAUAUAUGACAAUUAAAGAGCAACAAAAUAAGAAAUCAUGGUCAGAAUGGCCACAUGAAUUGAAAUUUUAUCAAAAAAACAAAUUGCAACAAAUACGCGAAACAAAACAGGAUUUUAUUCAAUAUUAUAUUUUUAUUCAAUAUAUAUUUCAUGAACAAUGGAAAAAAUUAAAAACAUAUGCAAAUCAAUUAAAUAUUAAACUUAUUGGUGAUAUGCCUAUUUAUGUUGAUUAUAAUUCUGUUGAUGUAUGGGCAAAUACAAAAAUAUUUCAAUUAGACAAUGAUACAUUACUUCCAUCUGUCGUUUCAGGUUAUCCACCAGAUGAUUGUAGUACAAAUGGUCAAAAUUGGAAUACGCCUAUUUAUAAUUGGAAUGAUAAUUUAAAAAAAUCUGCAGUAUUUAAUUGGUGGAUAAAACGUUUAGAAAAAACAUUACAAAUAGUUGAUAUUGUACGUAUUGAUCAUUUUCGUGGUCUUGAAUCCUAUUGGUCAAUUCCUGUCGAUGAAAAUCAUGUUCCUUUGCAACCAAAAGAUGGUCAAUGGGUAAAAGCACCAGGAACUGAAUUUUUCAAUGCUAUUUUCGAUGCAUUAGGAAAAGAUUUACCUCUUAUCGUUGAAGAUCUCGGUAAUAUAACAAAAGAAAUCAUUGAAUUACGUGAUCAAUUCAAUCUGACUGGUAUUCGAAUAUUACAAUUUGCUUUUACUUUUCAACCAGACAAUCUUCAUCUUCCACAUAAUUAUCUACCAAAUUGUACGGCAUAUACAGGCACACAUGAUUCUCUAACGGUUGUUGGUUGGUGGAUACAUCAUGCAUUGAAAGAUGAAAAGAAAAAUUUUUUAGAAUAUAUUAAUAUUCCAAUCAUGCAUGAUGCCGAUGAUCAUGAUAAAUUAGGUAAUCAAGAUAUUGUUAUAUCAUAUUUGGAUAAACAUAUCAAUUGGUAUUUGAUACAAAUGGUAUUAGGAACAGUAGCUAAUCGUACUAUUAUUGAAUUUCAAGACGUACUUGGUUUAGGUAAUGAUUGUCGGAUGAAUGAUCCAUCAUUGUCAUCAAAUCCCGAUUAUGAUGGUCCACAAAAUUGGACUUGGCGAUUUACUUGGUCAAUGUUACACGAAAAAUUUCGAACAAAACUAAAAUUCUUUACAAAUAUUUAUAAUCGGAAAUAG